CAUGGAUUCUGCUGCUGCCGCCUCCUUCCCCCAACCAAUGCCCCUUCUCCCCUCCCAAUGCCUCUACCCACCAAAACGAAACCUUGAUGUCCACCAUAAAACCAGUUCUUGCAUAACCCCAUCCUCAUUCUCUCUUUCUCAACGUACUCUGUAGUUUCCAAGCAAAAACAGAGAGUGAGAGAGAGCAGAACCAACGAAAUGGAACUUCUUCCUCUUCUUCAGCAGUUCGUCCUUCUGUUCCUUCUGCUGUGCUGUUCAUUUAGCUCCGUCUUCCCGCGAAGUCACGAGCUGGGGAUUCUCCUGGAGGUGAAGGAAUCACUGAUCGCAGGCGGGGAAAGCCUGAGCGAUUGGAACCGGAGCAACCCGAAUUUCUGCAAAUGGAGCGGGGUCACUUGCCGGUCGGGCCGGGUGGUUUCGGGUCUAAACCUAUCCGACUCGUCGCUGACCGGGUCAAUCCCGCCCGCGCUUGGCCGCUUGCAGAACCUGCUCCACCUCGAUCUCUCCUCCAACGCCCUCACGGGUCCCAUCCCAACCACUCUCGCCAACCUCUCCGUAUUGGAAUCUCUGCUUUUGUUCACCAACGACCUCACGGGUCGGAUCCCGGCCCAGCUCGGUUCGAUCAAAACCCUCCGGGUCGUCAAAAUCGGCAACAACUGGCUUGCCGGCGAAAUCCCUGCCUCAUUGGGAAAUCUCCCCAACUUGGUCACGCUGGGUCUGGCUUCCUGCACUCUUACCGGUCCGAUCCCGCCCCAACUCGGCCGGCUCGGCAAACUUGACCAGUUGGUUCUGCAGGACAAUCAGCUCUACGGACCGAUUCCACCCGAGUUGGGUAAUUGUUCUAGCCUCACAGUACUCGCUCUAUCCAACAACAAGCUGAACGGAACCAUCCCGCCGGAAUUGGGCCGUUUGCAGAAUCUCCAGUACCUCAACCUUCUCAACAACAGCCUCACCGGCGAGAUACCGAGACAAAUCGGAGACAUGACCCAACUCUCCUACAUCAAUUUCAUGGGGAACCAGCUCCACGGUCCAAUCCCGAGGGAGUUGACAAAACUGGGUAGCCUCUACAAUCUCGAUUUGUCGGAAAACAAGCUCACCGGAGAGAUACCCGAAGAAUUCGGCGAGAUGGUUCAGCUUGGUGUUCUGGCUUUGACGGGCAACAACUUGACCGGCGUCGUCCCAAAGGGCAUAUGCUCGAAUGCGACCAAUCUCAACUCCCUGAUACUGAAUAAGCUCCAAUUGACUGGGACGAUUCCGGCCGAGCUGGUAAACUGUCGAGCCUUGCAGCAGCUUGAUCUGUCAUUCAACUCGCUCACCGGCACGAUUCCGAGCGAGAUUUACGAGAUGGUUCAGCUGACGAAUCUCUACCUCUACAACAACUCCCUUGAAGGUUUGAUUUCACCCUCCAUCGCAAACCUCAGCAACUUGCAGGAGAUCGCGAUCUACCACAACAAUUUCCACGGCGAGCUGCCUAGAGAAAUUGGAACGCUGGGCUCGCUCGAACUGCUCUACAUCUACGACAAUCAGUUCUCUGGGGAGGUUCCUGAGGAGAUCGGCAACUGUUCGAGCUUGCAAGCGGCUGAUUUCUUCGGGAACCAUUUCUCAGGGAAGAUCCCCGCCACAAUCGGCAGGCUACAACGGCUGAGUUUCCUUCACUGGAGGCAGAACGAACUCGUCGGCGAAAUCCCCGUCGAAUUGGGCAACUGUACGCAGCUCACCACUCUGGAUUUGGCAGAUAACUUCUUAUCAGGUGGAAUUCCUGAAACCUUCGGAUCCCUCCGUUAUCUAGAGCAGCUCAUGCUUUACAACAAUUCCCUCCAAGGUCCUCUGCCUGAUUCCCUCUCCAAUUUGAGAAACCUGACCAGGAUCAACCUGUCCACCAACAAAUUUAACGGCAGCAUUUCCCCGCUGUGUAGCUCGAGUUCUUUCCUCUCGUUCGACGUCACAGACAAUUCCUUCUCCGGCGAGGUCCCUCCCCAAUUGGGGAACUCGCGGAGUCUCGAAAGGCUGAGGCUUGGUAACAACCGGUUCACCGGGGAACUCCCUCGGACAUUGGGGAAAAUUCGUGCUCUCUCUUUGUUAGACAUCUCAGGCAACUCACUCACAGGAGUAUUGCCAGCACAACUCGCGCUGUGCAAGAACCUGACCCACAUCGACCUGAACGACAACCGUCUAGCCGGUUCCAUUCCAGCCUGGCUCGGAACGUUGCCACUGCUAGGGGAGCUGAAGCUCUCGAGGAAUCAAUUUUCAGGACCUCUGCCUCCCGAGCUUUUCAAGUGCUCCAACUUGAUGCUUCUUUACCUGGACGGCAACUCCCUGAACGGGACUCUUCCUUCCGAAAUUGGCAACCUGGAAGUACUCAACUUCCUCAGACUUGACCACAAUCAGUUCUCAGGACAUAUCCCUCCUGCGCUUGGCAACUUGAGCAAGCAACUUGAGCUUCGGAUGUCGCACAACAGCUUCAGUGGGGAAAUCCCCGCCGAGCUUGGACGGCUGCAGCAGCUUCAGAUCAUUCUGGACUUGAGCUACAACAACUUAACCGGCUCGAUCCCACCUUCCAUCGGGAAAUUGUCGACCCUCGAAGCUCUUGAUCUAUCCCACAACCAGCUCCAAGGCAGAGUGCCUCCCCAAGUCGGCGAGAUAAGGAGUCUUGGAUACUUCAACGUGUCCUUCAAUCGCCUGGAAGGUGAUUUGGGCGACCGGUUUCAGCGCUGGAAGGCUGAUUCAUUUCUAGGCAACUCCAAGCUAUGCGGAGGCCCUCUUGAUCAGUGCCGCCGGUCAGCUAAUAAGCAUUCGAGUCUAAGCGAGGCAGCGAUCGUUGUGCUAUCUGCGAUAACGACACUUGCUGCGCUUGCGCUGCUGGGACUAGGACUCACCUUCUUCUGUAAGCGAAGAAGGGAAUAUCUGCGAGCUAGGAGUGAUGUCAGCUGCAUUUACUCCUCUUCGAAAUCUUCCCACGCUCACCGGAGGCCGCUGUUCUUGAAUCCUGGUAGUAUGAAGAGGGAGUUCAGGUGGGAUGACAUCAUGGAAGCCACCAACCAUCUCGGGGACGAGUUUGUGAUCGGGUCGGGAGGCUCUGGAACCAUUUACAGAGCCGAGCUCCGAAAUGGAGACACUGUGGCGGUUAAGAAGGUGCCAUGGAAAGAUGAGCUGAUGUUCAACAAGAGCUUUGCCAGGGAAGUGAAGACUCUCGGGAGGAUUCGGCACAGACAUCUGGUGAAGCUGAUGGGAUACUGCUGCAACAGGGGAGCUGGCUUUAAUCUGUUGAUAUAUGAUUACAUGGAGAAUGGGAGCUUGUGGGACUGGCUGCAUAGGCAGCCUGGUGUGAAUAACAAGAGGAAGCAGUGCCUUGACUGGGAAGUUAGAAUGCAGAUAGCUUUGGGAUUGGUAAGGGGUGUGGAAUACCUUCACCAUGACUGUGUGCCGAUAAUCCUCCAUCGAGACAUCAAAUCCAGCAAUGUGCUUCUUGAUUCCGACAUGGAAGCACAUCUCGGUGAUUUUGGACUUGCCAAAUCCGUGGUGGAGUUCUACGACACCACCAGUACCACUGAAUCGAAUUCAUUGUUUGCUGGAUCUUAUGGCUAUAUUGCCCCAGAGUAUGCUUACUCGUUGAAGGCGACGGAGAAGAGCGAUGUGUACAGCAUGGGGAUCGUGCUGAUCGAGCUUGUGAGCGGCAGAGCACCAACAGAUUCAAGUUUUGGUGUGGAUAUGGACAUGGUGAGGUGGGUGGAGAAAAAUAUGGAAAUGGGAGGAAUUAGUCGUGAGGAAUUGAUUGAUCCUUCGUUGAAGCCACUGUUGCCAGGGGAAGAGAGUGCAGCAUACCAGGUGCUGGAGAUUGCAUUGCAGUGCACCAGAACUCUUCCGCAAGGGCGGCCAUCGUCCAGACAAGCAUGCGACCAGCUGAAUCAUCUGGUGAGGAACCGAAUGGUAGAUUUGGAGAAGAACACUGAUGGCUAGACCAUGGAAGAGGGGUUGUUCCAUCCAGUUAAAGUGAAUUAAUGCUAUGUUGAAAAUAAAAUUGCCAAUUGUACUAGUAUUCAUAUCGUCGAGUACGAGACAGCAUCUGAUUGUGAUUGUGCCACAUCGUUAGUGAAAUUCAACAUUGGAUAUUUUGCAGAGAUCAACAAAAUCUUCCCAUGUAGUUUUAC